CAAGAUUAUAAUGAGUAUAUGUGGACUAUGAGAAAAGAUUUUUCUGAACCUGAACCUGAACCUGUUCUUAAUAGAGUAAAAAACUUGACAGUAAAAGACAACGAAGUCUAACAACCAUUUUUAGCUCAACAAUGUCGCAAUCAGAGAAUGCAAUGAUCGGAAAAUUAGCCAAUGUAAUAAAUGAUGAGAAUUACUAUUACAUUGGCGUAAAAGCUUCCCCUUUUGCGAUUGAUUGUGCUGUAUUUGGUUUAAAUCCGGACGAAGUUUCGGCACUUUCCAAGCGUUUUCCAAACUCUGGGACAAAUGUGCUCAACGGCGUUAUGAUUAAAGGACCACCUUUUUCCAUUAUUAAUGCCCUGGCAGAAUUAGGAUAUCGAGUUGUCUGUAGCACAGGAGAGACCGAAAUACUUUGGACGAUGCAGAGGGAAUUAUAAAAUCAACAAUUAUUCUCAGGACUACAAUUUAUAAGUAUUACUAAAAAAUGAAAAAAAAAAAAAAAAAAAAAGAGAAAAAGAAGAUAGUAGUACUUAUAUACAUAAAAUAUGCGUGUGCGCUUAUUACUGUGCACGUAAAUUAAACA